CCUUUGAUGGUUGGCGUGGCUCCUUGGUGGGUUAGCCUACAUCUUCCUGGUGGUAAGGUCUGCUAUAGGUGGGUUAGCCUACAUCUUCCUGGUGGUAAGGUCUGCUAUAGGUGGAGCCUACAUCUUCCUGGUGGUAAGGUCUGCUAUAGGUGGGUUAACCUACAUCUUCCUGGUGGUAAGGUCUGCUAUAGGUGGGUUAGCCUACAUCUCCCUGGUGAUAAGGUCUGCUAUAGGUGGAGCCUACAUCUUCCUGGUGGUAAGGUCUGCUAUAGGUGGGUUAGCCUACAUCUUCCUGGUGGUAAGGUCUGCUAUAGGUGGGUUAACGUAAGCCUUCCUGGUGGUAAGGUCUGCUAUAGGUGGAGCCUACAUCUUCCUGGUGGUAAGGUCUGCUAUAGGUGGGUUAGCCUACAUCUUCCUGGUGGUAAGGUCUGCUAUAGGUGGAGCCUACAUCUUCCUGGUGAUAAGGUCUGCUAUAGGUGGAGCCUACAUCUUCCUGGUGGUAAGGUCUGCUAUAGGUGGAGCCUACAUCUUCCUGGUGGUAAGGUCUGCUAUAGGUGGAGCCUACAUCUUCCUGGUGGUAAGGUCUGCUAUAGGUGGGUUAGCCUGCAUCUUCCUGGUGGUAAGGUCUGCUAUAGUUGGAGCCUACAUCUUCCUGGUGGUAAGGUCUGCUAUAGGUGGAGCCUAGAUCUUCCUAGUGGUAAGGUCUGCUAUAGGUGGGUUAGCCUGCAUCUUUCUGGUGGUAAGGUCUGCUAUAGGUGGAGCCUACAUCUUCCUGGUGAUAAGGUCUGCUAUAGGUGGGUUAACGUAAGCCUUCCUGGUGGUAAGGUCUGCUAUAGGUGUGUUAGUCUACAUCUUCCUGGUGGUAAGGUCUGCUAUAGGUGGAACCUACAUCUUCCUGGUGGUAAGGUCUGCUAUAGGUGGAACCUACAUCUUCCUGGUGGUAAGGUCUGCUAUAGGUGGAGCCUACAUCUUCCUGGUGGUAAGGUCUGCUAUAGGUGGAGCCUACAUCUUCCUGGUGGUAAGGUCUGCUAUAGGUGGAGCCUAUAUCUUCCUGGUGGUAAGGUCUGCUAUAGGUGGGUUAGCCUACAUCUUCCUGGUGGUAAGGUCUGCUAUAGGUGGAGCCUACAUCUUCCUGGUGGUAAGGUCUGCUAUAGGUGGAGCCUACAUCUUCCUGGUGGUAAGGUCUGCUAUAGGUGGAGCCUACAUCUUCCUGGUGGUAAGGUCUGCUAUAGGUGCGUUAGCCUACAUCUUCCUGGUGGUAAGGUCUGCUAUAGGUGGAGCCUACAUCUUCCUGGUGGUAAGGUCUGCUAUAGGUGGAGCCUACAUCUUCCUGGUGGUAAGGUCUGCUAUAGGUGGAGCCUACAUCUUCCUGGUGGUAAGGUCUGCUAUAGGUGGGUUCACCUACAUCUUCCUGGUGGUAAGGUCUGCUAUAGGUGGAGCCUACAUCUUCCUGGUGGUAAGGUCUGCUAUAGGUGGAGCCUACAUCUUCCUGGUGAUAAGGUCUGCUAUAGGUGGGUUAGCCUGCAUCUUCCUGGUGGUAAGGUCUGCUAUAGGUGGAGCCUACAUCUUCCUGGUGAUAAGGUCUGCUAUAGGUGGGUUAACGUAAGCCUUCCUGGUGGUAAGGUCUGCUAUAGGUGUGUUAGUCUACAUCUUCCUGGUGGUAAGGUCUGCUAUAGGUGGAACCUACAUCUUCCUGGUGGUAAGGUCUGCUAUAGGUGGAGCCUACAUCUUCCUGGUGGUAAGGUCUGCUAUAGGUGGAGCCUACAUCUUCCUGGUGGUAAGGACUGCUAUAGGUGGAGCCUACAUCUUCCUGGUGGUAAGGCCUGCUCUAGGUGGAGCCUACAUCUUCCUGGUGGUAAGGUCUGCUAUAGGUGGGUUAACGUAAGCCUUCCUGGUGGUAAGGUCUGCUAUAGGUGGAGCCUACAUCUUCCUGGUGGUAAGGUCUGCUAUAGGUGGAGCCUACAUCUUCCUGGUGGUAAGGUCUGCUAUAGGUGGAGCCUACAUCUUCCUGGUGGUAAGGUCUGCUAUAGGUGGAUUCUACAUCUUCCUGGUGGUAAGGUCUGCUAUAGGUGGGUUAGCCUACGUCUUCCUGGUGAUAAGGUCUGCUAUAGGUGGAGCCUACAUCUUCCUGGUGGUAAGGUCUGCUAUAGGUGGGUUAGCCUACAUCUUCCUGGUGGUAAGGUCUGCUAUAGGUGGAGCCUACAUCUUCCUGGUGGUAAUGUCUGCUAUAGGUGGAGCCUACAUCUUCCUGGUGGUAAGGUCUGCUAUAGGUGGGUUAACCUACAUCUUCCUGGUGGUAAGGUCUGCUAUAGGUGGAGCCUACAACUUCCUGGUGGUAAGGACUGCUAUAGGUGGAGCCUACAUCUUCCUGGUGGUAAGGUCUGCUAUAGGUGGAGCCUACAUCUUCCUGGUGGUAAGGUCUGCUAUAGGUGGGUUAACAUAAGCCUUCCUGGUGGUAAGGUCUGCUAUAGGUGGAGCCUACAUCUUCCUGGUGGUAAGGUCUGCUAUAGGUGGAGCCUACAUCUUCCUGGUGGUAAGGUCUGCUAUAGGUGGGUUAGCCUACAUCUUCCUGGUGGUAAGGUCUGCUAUAGGUGGAGCCUACAUCUUCCUGGUGAUAAGGUCUGCCAUAGGUGGGUUAGCCUACAUCUUCCUGGUGGUAAGGUCUGCUAUAGGUGGAGCCUACAUCUUCCUGGUGGUAAGGUCUGCUAUAGGUGGGUUAGCCUACAUCUUCCUGGUGGUAAGGUCUGCUAUAGGUGGAGCCUACAUCUUCCUGGUGAUAAGGUCUGCUAUAGGUGGGUUAGCCUACAUCUUCCUGGUGGUAAGGUCUGCUAUAGGUGUAGCCUACAUCUUCCUGGUGGUAAGGUCUGCUAUAGGUGGAGCCUACAUCUUCCUGGUGGUAAGGUCUGCUAUAGGUGGGUUAGCCUACAUCUUCCUGGUGGUAAGGUCUGCUAUAGGUGCGUUAGCCUACAUCUUCCUGGUGGUAAGGUCUGCUAUAGGUGGGUUAGCCUACAUCUUCCUGGUGGUAAGGUCUGCUAUAGGUGGAGCCUACAUCUUCCUGGUGGUAAGGUCUGCUAUAGGUGCGUUAGCCUACAUCUUCCUGGUGGUAAGGUCUGCUAUAGGUGGAGCCUACAUCUUCCUGGUGGUAAGGUCUGCUAUAGGUGGAGCCUACAUCUUCCUGGUGGUAAGGUCUGCUAUAGGUGGAGCCUACAUCUUCCUGGUGGUAAGGUCUGCUAUAGGUGGAGCCUACAUCUUCCUGGUGGUAAGGUCUGCUAUAGGUGGGUUAGCCUACAUCUUCCUGGUGGUAAGGUCUGCUAUAGGUGGAGCCUACAUCUUCCUGGUGAUAAGGUCUGCUAUAGGUGGGUUAGCCUACAUCUUCCUGGUGGUAAGGUCUGCUAUAGAUGGGUUAGCCUACAUCUUCCUGGUGGUAAGGUCUGCUAUAGAUUUGUUAGCCUACUUCUUCCUGGUGGUAAGGUCUGCUAUAGGUGGAGCCUACAUCUUCCUGGUGAUAAGGUCUGCCAUAGGUGGGUUAGCCUACAUCUUCCUGGUGGUAAGGUCUGCUAUAGGUGGAGCCUACAUCUUCCUGGUGGUAAGGUCUGCUAUAGGUGGAGACUACAUCUUCCUGGUGGUAAGGUCUGCUAUAGGUGGGUUAGCCUACGUCUUCCUGGUGGUAAGGUCUGCUAUAGGUGAGUUAGCCUACAUCUACCUGGUGGUAAGGUCUGCUAUAGGUGGAGCCUACAUCUUGCUGGUGGUAAGGUCUGCUAUAGGUUGAGCCUACAUCUUCCUGUU